UAUGUGAAAUCUGUUACAGCUUUGAUAAAUGUUCAUGAAGGAAUUUGCUACCUAUUUUUAGUUUGAACCCUUGCAUCGGAUGCUACACUGUCAGCAUGGCGUCAAAAAGAAGAAUCGAUUCUGCAGUUCCCCAAGAAGAGAGUGAUCAGCUGUUCAUAAAACCCCUCGGUGCUGGUCAAGAGGUUGGCCGAUCAUGUAUCUUCAUACAGUUCAAGGGCAAGAAGAUUAUGUUGGAUUGUGGUAUCCACCCUGGCAAGUCUGGCAUGGAAGCACUACCAUACCUCGAUGUCAUCAAUCCAGAGGAUAUUGAUAUUCUUCUUAUCAGCCACUUCCAUUUGGACCACUGUGGUGCUCUACCCUGGUUCCUGAUGAAGACGGCUUUCAAAGGAAGAUGCUUCAUGACCCAUGCAACAAAAGCCAUUUAUCGUUGGCUCUUGUCUGAUUAUGUCAAAGUCAGCAAUAUUGCUACAGAACAGAUGUUGUAUAGUGAGACAGAUAUUGAGAGUAGCAUGGACAAGAUUGAGACUGUCAACUUUCAUCAGGAAAUGGAUAUAAAUGGUGUCAAGUUUUGGUGUUAUAAUGCAGGCCAUGUGCUGGGAGCUGCUAUGUUCAUGCUCGAAAUUGCUGGUGUCAAGAUUCUCUAUACCGGUGAUUUCUCUCGCCAGGAGGAUCGGCAUUUGAUGGCUGCGGAAAUUCCAAAUGUCAAACCGGAUGUCCUAAUAACAGAAUCCACCUAUGGAACUCACAUCCAUGAAAACAGAGAGGAGAGAGAAAGUCGUUUCACUGGUUUAGUGCAUGAUAUCGUCAGCAGAGGGGGUCGCUGUCUCAUCCCUGUCUUUGCAUUGGGACGAGCCCAGGAGCUUCUUCUUAUUCUUGAUGAGUACUGGUCCCUGCACCCUGAGCUUCAUGACAUUCCCAUCUACUACGCGUCGUCGCUCGCCAAGAAGUGUAUGACCGUCUAUCAGACGUAUAUUGGUGCAAUGAACGAGAAGAUUAGACGACAGAUCGCCAUUAGUAAUCCUUUUGUGUUCAAACAUAUCUCUAAUCUCAAGAGCAUGGAUCACUUCGAAGAUAUUGGUCCGUCAGUGGUGAUGGCUAGUCCUGGUAUGAUGCAGAGUGGGCUGUCCCGGGAGCUGUUUGAGAACUGGUGCACCGACAAGAGGAAUGGCACAAUCAUCGCUGGUUAUUGCGUGGAAGGAACUUUGGCGAAGCAUAUCUUAUCUGAGCCGGAGGAAGUGGUUACAAUGAGUGGGCAGAAGUUACCAAUGAAGUGCUCAGUGGAUUAUAUCUCAUUCUCGGCUCACACAGAUUAUCAGCAGACUAGUGAAUUUAUCAGGGCUCUGCGACCAGCUCAUAUUGUUUUGGUGCAUGGUGAACAAAACGAAAUGGGCCGAUUAAAAGCCGCGCUGAUCCGGGAGUAUGAAGACGACGAAGAGAACGUUGUUGAGGUUUACAAUCCACGGAACACACAAGCUGUGGAGCUGACAUUCCGUGGAGAGAAGAUGGCUAAGGUAGUUGGAACACUUGCCUCCCAGAGACCAGCGAAGGGGGCAGCUAGCCAGGUGUCCGGGAUCUUGGUGAAGAGGAACUUUAACUAUCACAUUAUUGCACCUUCAGAUUUACAGAAUUAUACGAAUUUGGCUACGAGUACUGUCACCCAACAACAGAGUAUCUCUUACUCAGGGUCCGCCCAGCUUCUACAAUACUACCUCACACAGCUGGCCGGCGAUGUGGAAAGGAUUGAAAUCGGUGAAAAGGUCAUCUUCCGUCUCUUCAAACAGAUCAAUGCCAUCCUGGAGCAGCGAAUGGUGGUGAUUGAAUGGAUAGCUAACCCCGUCAAUGACAUGUAUGCGGAUGCUGUCCUCACCGUGGUACUAAAGGCAGAAUCAGAGGCGGCUUUACGCAAAACAAGUUUACCAGGCUUGGUGAAGGUUGAUAAGAUGCAUUUCAGAGAGUGUCUGUACGAGUUACUCACGGAUAUGUUUGGUAAAGAUUGUUUGCCAAAAUUGAUGAAAGGAGACAAGUUAACCGUGACGGUUGAUGGGAAAGUAGCCAACAUCAAUUUGGAUACAAGGAAAGUAGAUUGUGACGAAGACGAUGGUUUGCAGCAGAUGGUCCAAACAGCAGUGAGCAAACUUCACAAGUCGAUCACCAAGGUGCAGGUGUGAAAGGUCGCACUGUGCAAAUACAGUGCAAGUCUAAAGGUUUGUGUCAUUGAUGACAAACUGGACAUUAUACAUGUAUACCUGGGUGGCGUUUUGCCAAUUGAGACGAGGACACUAGCUCAUUCAAACUGGAACGAUUCUCCCACUGAUAACUCAUUGGAAAAAGAGUUUGUCUCAUUGAUCCGAUUCUUGGACUUGACCGAGCUUCUUCUCUUUCCCCAGUGGAUGUUCAAGACUGUAGCAUUGGCCUAAUAGUUGUGGUCAGCAGCUCACGAGGAGAGGAAUGUCCGAUAUGUCUGUCCAGGAGCUAAUUCACCCUGGUCAAAAGGACAUUGAAAUGAAGUUCUGUAGUCUGGGAUGGCUGUGGUGUGCGGCUGGUUAAGAUUACUUUGAACACAAUGUCAGACUAUAAGUGCUACAGCUGCCUGCCUUGUGAUUGUAUUCUACAUCUUGAGAUGUGCUUAUAGUCUGUAAUAUUGUUAUACAUUUUUAAGAAUAAGAGAAUGGCACAAUACGCAU